UUUCCGGUUCCCACAACCCAUUGCGAAUAGCAUGGACGGAGACUGAUUGGCAAGGACUCCCACUACAGAAAAAGAAAAAAGAAUAUGACUUUCCCUCGUCGUUGUCGUUAACAUUUAAUGUCGUUCUCUGUUCAAGUCGACAAAAUAAGACUUUAUACACGCGAUGUAUUUGUGAGCAAGCUGUGAGGAGCAGAGAAACCCCUUCUUUAUUGCUUCCGUCUUUUCUACAGAAUCUUUCCGUGAGCCACGACCCAAGUCAAGAUGGCAGGUGUAGUAGCCAAGCGAGAGGGGCCACAGUUCAUCAGUGAAGUGGCGGUGAGGGGCAACGCCGCCGUGCUGGACUACUGCCGCACCUCCGUGUCGGCGCUGUCGGGAGCGACCGCCGGCAUCCUGGGCCUGACGGGACUGUACGGCUUCAUUUUUUACUUUUUGUCCUCGUUCCUCCUGUCUUUGCUGCUUAUCCUCAAGGCUGGACGUCGAUGGAACAAGUGCUUUAAAUCCAGACGGCUGCUUUUCACCGGUGGUCUGGUCGGAGGUCUUUUCACCUACGUCCUCUUCUGGACUUUCCUAUACGGAAUGGUGCACGUAUAUUAAAAUGACCUGAAUUCUCCUUAAACUAAAUCCAUUUUGUUUGAGCUGUAGUUGAGCCAAAAAUAGAUUUUGAUGCUAUUCCAGUAGACCUGCUGAGCUGACAAACAUACAAUUUUCCUUAUCACACACUCAACAAUGCCUUCUAUUAACCCCAGGACUCUCAUUUUUUUUAAUCCUACCCAGGACUUAUAUUAUUUUGUAGUGUAAUAAUGACUGUAGCACAUGACAUCCUAAACAAUAACUUGGUUUGACACUUUUCUGUACAGGACCGAUUAUCAAUACGUGGAAAUGUGAUUACUAAUUGGAAUAAAUACCUCUGUACUUAUUUGUGUUGUCAUUUU